AUUUUGUCCCCCUCACCCCUCUCUGUCAAACCGGUACAUUUACCACCCCUCAAAACAAAAGUUGUUCCAUUGAAAACAAAAAACUUUAGCAUACCAAAACUUGUAACUGCCUCUACCGUUGUACCUAUAGUGUAAUUUAAGUAGUUUUAAGAACAUAGUGUUGUGAUUUAGCGUGUGAUAUACAGGGAGAGUUACUGAAAGGUGUAAAAUGUCUGCCGAAUCUAGCUCCAGUUCUUCUUCAAACAGUCCUACUAGUGUGGCGAAUAUGAAUAAUGUUAGUGCGUUAUUCCAAACGGCCAAGAAAUAUGAAGAACUUAAUGUUAUUGGCACAGGUGCAUAUGGAACAGUAUACAAAGCCAGGGACCUCCACAACGGUGGUCAGAUUGUGGCGAUGAAGAAGGUGAAAGUGCCGUUGACGCAGGAUGGCAUACCACUGUCCACAUUAAGAGAAAUUGCACUGCUCAGGCAGUUGGAAGCUUACAAACAUCCCAAUAUUGUGAGACUCCUAGACGUCUGCCACGGUGGCCAGCCACUAGACCGGGAGCAGCUAGUGCUAUUCCUGGUUUUCGAGCAUGUGGAGCAGGACCUGGACUGCUACCUGAAGAGAGCUCCCGGACCACUCUCUGAGAACCGGAUACGGAGCAUGUCAUUCGACAUCCUAUCCGGCGUAGACUUCCUCCACUCUCAUCGCAUCGUCCACCGAGACAUCAAGCCACACAACCUGCUAGUCACCUCCAGCGGUCGGGUGAAGUUAGCAGACUUCGGGCUGGCUAAGACUUAUGAUACGGAUAUGAAGCUUACUAGUGUGGUAGUAACCAUUUGGUACCGUCCCCCCGAGGUGCUGCUGUGUCUCUCGUACAACACGGCGGUGGACGUGUGGUCGUGCGGCUGCGUGCUCGCGGAGCUGCACCUGCGCUCGCCGCUGCUGCCGGCCGCCACCGACACGCAGCAGCUGCAACGCAUAUUCAGACUGAUAGGGCGUCCCUCGGAGCGCGAGUGGCCGGCGGACUGCUCGCUGCCGCUGGCCAGCUUCCCCCCCUGCCCCGCCGCCGACCUGCGCGCCCUCCUCCCCCGCGCGCACCCGCAAGCCAUACACCUUAUACAGAACAUGCUGGUAUUUGACCCGGCGAAGCGCCUGACAGCCCUGGACUGCCUCCAACACCCGUACUUCACUGACAACCCUAACUUAUAAUAUUA